GACUGGUGAAUGCAUGCCACCACUUCGUCCUCCGUCGACAACCGAGUAGAAGCAUGAGCGGUCGCAUCAGCCGCAUGGGACGCACAGCGUAUCACGUUGUGGACGCCAAGGGACAGGUUGUCGGGCGCCUGGCAUCUCAAUUGGCCCCCAUCCUCCGGGGGAAGCACAAACCGACGUACAUGCCGAACGUGGACUGCGGCGACGUUGUUGUUGUCUUGAACGCCGAGCACAUAGUGUUGACGGGAAACAAGUGGAAGGACAAGCUGUACCGAUGGCACACGAUGUACCCGGGUGGGCUCAAGACCCGCACGGCCCAGCAAAUCAAGGACAAGGACCCAGGUGAGAUCUUGCGCAAGGCCGUGAUGGGCAUGCUGCCCAAAAACAAGAUGCGCGCAUUGCAGGUCAACAAGUUGAAGAUCUUCCCUGGCGAUGAGCAUACGUUCGAGGCGGAAUUGGGCCCGAACCCCAAGUUCCUCUAGAGUACUAUAUAAAAACACAAACGAGGCCAUUCCGGACA